UUUAGUUAUCAGCUGGUUAGUUAGCAGCUGGUUAGUUAUCAGCUGGUUAGUUAGUAGCUGGUUAGUUAGUAGCUGGUUAGUUAACAGCUGGUUGGAUAGCUCAGCUCCUGCGGGUGACACGUCAUUAGUUAGCUAGAAACUCUCCUGUUCGGCUUCCGGGUUUCUGUUUUACCGGCCCCUGUCCGUGUCCCGUCCCGGUCCUACCUUGAUGAGGGCCAGGUACUCCUCUCGGAGCCGCUGCACCCAGAGCUCCUUGUCCCGGGGACCGGAGUUGGUCUUGAGCAGCGGGAUCUCCGACACCGCCCUCCGAGUCGCGUCGUCCGCCAUCGCCCUCUGGAAGGGAGAAAAAUGACAGAUUGGAAAUAACACCGGUCCAGUGCUCAGAAAAAUACUAUUUGAUGUAUAUACAAUAACGAGACCGUCCAAAAUAACCCCGUUACCACGGUUUAAAACACAAAUCUGGGUGUUUCUGAGCUGUAAAUAAAAACACGUCGUCGGUACCAAAACUACUUGUUCCGUGUUUUUAGAGGGAAGUAUGUGACUGCGGACAUUCUGGGGAAUGAAGUUGCGGUUGCACAUCUUUUGGAGGUGGACCUCGGCACUCAGCAUCUUCAUCCCCCACCCAAAACCUUCAUCUGUUUCGGCUCCUUUUGUUUCUCUACUCUCCGUUCCUCCGGUUCGUCGCAUCGGACGUGUGGAGCCCUCAUGGGCAGUGUUCUGGCCUUGGCUGGUGCGGGCCGUCAGAACUGGCCUUUCUCCUCGGACACACCCCCUACCCAGUGGGACACGCCCCUUCCUCACUGGGAUACGCCCCCUCGCUGGGAGAGGAGGGACGGACGCCUCCCCAACCCCGGGAGCUUCCAUGCCCUGCAUCAUUCGUGCAAGGAUGUUUUCCCACAGCAGAUUGAAGGAGUAAAGAUGAUGGUCAACAAAACCCUUAGCAGCUUCUUCAAAGCCAGUCAUACCUUCCACCUCAGUGCAGUGAGUCCGUCUCAGUACCGCUUCCAUGUGGAGCACCGUCAGUCUGACAGUCACGGCAAAGAUACGGACUCCCCCGUGCUGAUCGGUGAGAUGGACUCCUCCGGCAGUCUGAAUGCUCAUUCGCUGCUGCAUCUUAGCGAACGAAUCAGGGCCAAGGCUGUGUUUCAGACCCAGCAGGCUCAGUUCAUGACGUGGCAGUUUGAGACGGAGUACAGAGGAAGUGACUUCACAGCAGCUGUUACCAUGGCGAACCCUGAUGUCCUACGGGAGUCAGUGAUCCUGGUUGCCCACUUCCUCCAGAGUGUGUGUUCAGGGCUGGUGUUGGGAGGAGAGCUGGUCUACCACAAAGGAAGACAUGAAGAGGGAGGCAUUCUCACCCUGGCUGGACAGUACUCAGGUCCUAAUUGGGUGGCGACACUGAAUGCUGGGAAAGGAGGAGCUCACGCCAGCUACUACCAUAGAGCUAACAAACAGAUCCAGGUGGGGGUAGAGUUUGAGGCCAGUACCAGGACCCAGGAGACGACGGCCUCCUUCGGGUACCAGAUGGAACUACCAGAGGCUAACAUGGUGUUCAGAGGUGGGGCUGGGAAUCAAUGUGGGCUAGACUACAACACCCACAACCCUCUACAGAAGGGACUCCCUCACAUGCCCCUCCCCCAGCCCUGUGGCCUCGUGGGAAACGGCGUUCCUGUUUUUGGAGGAAGAAAAUGGUGCAGCAAGAAUUCCCCCCCUAGCGACCACAUGGCAAAUGUUACAUCACUUUCUGUUGAAAAACCUGAACUGGACAGACUCACUAGACGUCAGCUCCACACAUAGAGAGCGAUAGAGGACUAAAUUUAGUAUCUGUGACAUUAUAUCAUCUGACACAGCAUGGGCAUUUUGAAGUAGUACAUUCUCUUCUUAAACGAUUGGCUGAUCAAUCUUGAUGACCCAGUUAAACAUGGCUCCAAUAGGUUCAUCAGGAGGGAUCAGCCAAUAAAGUUGGAAGUCCCACCCAGUUGACUACAUUAAAAUGGUGGAAUCCAUCAAUGGCGCUGUCCAUGCUAAUAUGGCCCUUUGGCCACUAGAGGUCUCUAUCAUUCUCUAUGACUCCCCCACACCUCAUAAUGCAUAAUGGACAGCUCAUAGCAUUAACCAUGUGUUUGAUACCAUUCCAAUGAUUCCGUUCCAGCCAUUACCACGAACCCAUCCUCCCCAAGUAAGGUACCACCAACCUCCUGUGCUCACCUCCCAUCCCCCAUAAUGCACCUCACCUCCCACCCCCAUAAUGCAGCUCACCUCCCCCAUAAUGCACCUCCCAUCCCCAUAAUGCACCUCCCAUCCCCCAUAAUGCACCUCCCAUCCCCUAAAAUGCACCUCCCAUCCCCAUAAUGCACCUCACCUCCCAUCCCCAUAAUGCACCUCCCAUCCCCAUAAUGCACCUCCCAUUCCCCAAAAUGCACCACCCAUCCCCUGAAAUGCACCUCCCAUCCCCAUAAUGCACCUCACCUCCCAUCCCCAUAAUGCACCUCCCAUCCCCAUAAUGCACCUCCCAUUCCCCAAAAUGCAUCUCCCAUCCCCUAAAUUGCACCUCCCAUCCCCUAACAUGCCCCUCCCAUCCCCUAAAAUGCACCUCCCAUCCCCUAAAAUGCCACUCCCAUCCCCUAACAUGCCCCUCCCAUCCCCAUCCCCUAAAAUGCAUCUCCCAUCCCCUAAAAUGCACCUCCCAUCCACAAAAUGCCCCUCCCAUCCCCUAAAAUGCACCUCCCAUCCCCUAAAAUGCCCCUCCCAUCCCCUAAAAUGCACUUCCCAUCCCCUAAAAUGCCUCUCCCAUCCCCUAAAAUGCCUCUCCCAUCCCCUAAAAUGCCUCUCCCAUCCCCUAAAAUGCCCCUCCCAUCCCCUAAAAUGCACCUCCCAUCCCCUAAAAUGCACCUCCCAUCCCCUAAAAUGCACCUCCCAUUCCACCCCCUGUAAUGCACCGCACCUCCCAUUCCCCAUAAUUUACUGUAUGUAUACUAUAUACUGUAAUACCAUAAUGUAUUUAUACUUAAUGUUCUACAUAAAACAUGUUGGGGUUUAAGAUAUAUGCAUCAAAGACUCCCAUGACCAUGUACAGUUGACGUCUGAAGUUUAGAUACACCUGAACCUCCCCCAUAAUGCAGCUCACCUCCCAUCCCCAUAAUGCACCUCCCAUCAUCCUCAUAAUGCAGCUCACCUCCCAUCCCCAUAAUGCACCUCCCAUCAUCCUCAUAAUGCACCUCACCUCCCACCCCCCAUAAUGCAGCUCACCUCCCCCAUACUAACCAAAUACAUUUAAACUCAGUUUUUCACAAUUCCUGACAUUUAAUCACGGUAAAAAUUCCCUGUCUUAGGUCAGUUAGGUUCACCACUUUAUUUUAAUAAUGUGAAAUGUCAGAAUUAUUGU